AUGCAUUCUUUGAAUGUCGGCUACUUACCGUAUUUGCAGGUCAUAGGAAGUAAACUUGCCAUUGAUUUUUUGCCAAAUUCUUGUAGCGACCUCAAAGUGAGUGAACACCCCCCCCAGAAUACCUUUGUAGAUACCCAAGUUGGGUUUGCAUCUCGAGGACAGUGUUCGAAAUCUCAUAGGAAUCACUUCCACAGAACGCCGUGUAGUGUUGAACUAAAAGCUCUCCCAGAACGGUUACUAUUUCAAUUUUCAGCUGCUAAAUUUUUGCGGGGUAACAGGAAUGAGUGUACAACUUGUUCUUCCGUGCCGUACUUUAACAAAAAAAAAACAGCUUGCAUUCUGCAACCAUUGUUUCUUCCUCUCCCUUCAAAGGAACCCAGAAAAGGGUGCGGUAGAAAAGAAGGGCUGAUUACCAGUUAUAUAUAUAGUUAUGAUUCGUGCUUCUAUGGAAACAACCGAGCGAGAACACACAAGAAUGUUGAACAUGAUGGGCUAAUGAGCUGGCUUUGUACUUGUUCUUGA